AUAGAGUUGAGAACGAAACUGAAAUUCAAAUUUCAAAAUCUAAUUGAAAUCCACAGGAGAGAGCAAACCUUUCUCACUAACGAUCUCUCUUCAGUUCUCUCUCUCUCGUCGGUCUAUCAGCAAUGUCUUCCACCAGAAAGAGCACCAAGAGAGCACGCCCGGAGCCGCCGCAAUCGCUCAAGAAGCAAACACCGAACGCAAAACUCCACGAUGACUUGGAUCUCGACGUUUCUAGCGAUCUCAAAGGAAUCAUGUCGGCGUUGCAGCAAAUCAGAGAGAAAGCGCACGAGGAUGGCCGUAAGAAGAAGGAAGAAAGCAUCUCCAGCGUGUCUACUGAGGUGAAGUCAAAGAUCGAUGAGUUGAAGUCAAAACUUGAGAAAGAAAGACAAAACUUUGCUAAAGCACUCACAAAGAGUUCAAAGGAGUGUGAGAGUAUCUUGAGGGAUGAAGCUGCCAAAUUUGAGGAGCUUCAUCAUAAGUUCAUGAAGGAAAAAUCUGAUCAUCUACAGGGUCUGAAAGACAUUGUUUCCAAGUUUGAGGAGGACAAGGAGAGGCUCUAUAUGCGAUAUGAGCAACUAAGGAAGAAGGAGAAGACAAUGAUAUCGGAUCAGGAGAAGUUCUGCACAGAAAAGCUUGCUCAAUUGGAAGAGUCGCUGAAGAAAAAGAAACGGGGUGACAAAACGUUCAGCAUAUUGAGGAAAACUCUCGGCUCUUUUCUGGAGAAUGAAGCUUCUGAUGAGGAGUUCCCACCUGAUGAGUAAAUCAUUUACGUCUCUUCACUUGACGCUACAAGAAAGUUAAAACCCCUUUGACUUUGAUCCAGCCGUACGUUUCUUUAUAUCUUAAUUUCACAGAUAUCGUUCAGUAUUUACCAAAUAUAGCAGAAAACACUAUUCUGAAAAGUAGUAUUUCAAAUCUUUCAAUAUUGUGAACAUGAACCUUAAUGUCUUCUAUGAUAUGUUAUAGUUUGAAAUGAA